CUCAGCAGGUGUCUGGCCCUGUUUCGCGCAGCAGGGGCAGCCACUCGGCUCGACCAUGAGCUCGGCCGAGGGCCCGCGGAUCAGCGUGAGCGGCUCGGCGCCGGCCCGCUCGCCGAGCCGCGAGUCGCUGCGAACCGACACCAGCCUGGCCACCGUGCUCUCCGGCGAGAUGGUGCGGCUCGGCCUGCGGAUGCCGGGCGCCUCACGUGGCCCGUCUCCGGGCCCCGGCGCGCGGCUGCGGGUGCCCGGCGGCGGGCCGGGCCGCGCGCCGGGCGCCGACGCCUGGUGUGAGGACGAGGCCGACCUGCUGCGCUCCUGCGGCCUGCUCAGCCGCAUGCUGGGCAUGUCCAAGAGUUUCAGCACGGGCGACAUCGCGCGCCUGGAGGAGCCGGAGCCGGUGAGGAGGGCGGUCAGCCAGGCGGCGCUGCUCGGACUGCGCACAGAGCUGGCCGCCGGCCGGCUCGACCAGGCCAGCCGCUCGUGCAGCACCUGGGUGGCCGUCGGGGACCUGGCCUCCACCUCCCAGCUGCCCUCGCCGCAGGGGCGCCAGCAGACGGCCGCCGGCGGGGCCGGACAGUCGCCCUUCUCCGCCGCCGACCUCAUACGGGCCGUCAACAAAAAGGUGCGUCAGAACUACAUCCGGCGCCGGCUGCACAUCACAUUCAACGCGCUGAACCGGCUCUCCCAGAGCGAGUUCAACCUGGAGCAGCUGUUCAGUACUGGAGUCCUGCCUGCCUUCGGCGUCCCGACGGUGACGACGGGAGACAGCGGCGCCGGUCGGCCGGCCGAGCCGCCGCCGCCGCCCACCGCCGUCCCGGCCGCCAAGACGGCGCCGAGAGCCGCCCAGGCAGGGGCGGGGGCGGGCGCGGGGGCGGCUGCGCAGCCGGGAGUCACUUUCCGAGAUGUGGACCGACAGCGAGGUCGGCCACUGACCCGCUACCAGCGCAACAUGAUGGUCUUCAACUGGUUGCACACGCUGGACGAGAGCAGCCUGGAGGUCACGUAGUAGUGACACGUCCCCAGUCUGGGCAGGCGCUGAUUCCCCUGGUCGGCAGGAAGCCAGAAAAGUGCUACUCCGAGGGAGGAUAGCCAGCGUGGCGUCACCGCUGCCUCGGCGCGGACGGGGUACUCCCCGCUGGUUCAGGGGAGGGCGGAGUGCCUCUAACAGAGGUGGGAGCCUAGGGUGAGACUGACGCGUCCACCGGCCGGUCGGAAGGGUGCGCCGUCACCAGUUGUCGCGCCCCUCGCCUAGCUACAUCCGACUCCUCCAAGGAGCCGUCCUUCAGUUGUGCUUUCUGAGUUGGGAAUGGCGUGGUCCGGUUCUGUUUUGCUACAUAAUGUGCUUGGAAGAUGAUAAUAUUGAUGGAUAUUAUGUCGUGAAGUAAAAGCAUAUUGUUAAUGCUUAUCAAAUGUUCUUUAGUAGUCAAUUGAAAGUCAAAAGUAU